UUUAGAUCAGUUAGCGUGCCACUUUCACCAUCAAUCAUAUUAAGAAAACAUAUUUUAUCUGCAAUAUGGAUGUGAUGAAACAACUCCGUUUCAAUAGCCUUAUCUACAAAAGGUCACUGGAUCGAAUCAUAGACAAGUAUUCAAAGCUUCAAAACCAAGACGGGGCGAUAGAGGUGGACCUCACCAAUAUAAAUACCCGAUCAAUUGAACGCUACAUGAGGCAGUCAAAAUCGGAGCUGAACAAGCUGGAGUCAAAGACCCUGACAGAUUUGAGCAAUGAGUCAUUGAGAGCCCAGGAUAUCACAAGAGACUCUGAGCUUGACUUCACGCAUCAAGCUGGUAAAGCUGAUGAGACCUGUGUUUCUACUGUUUCCUCGACACAAUUGUCUGUGGAGGAUGAUGGGAUUUUGAGUUGUGACACGACUACAUUGACCACAAGCUUGUUGGAUGAGAGUCAGAGGAGCCUUUCUGAGGCAGAGCUCCAGCCUGAGGACCAGGAUGAGGAACUGGAAAUGUCUCUGAGAAGUCACGGCAGCUCUUUGGUGGAGCUCUACCCCAGCAUGAUCAGUCGACUAGGGAGGGCCUGGCGUCGGCAGCAAGUCUCUGAGGCUGCUGACUCAGUACUGAGGAGGUACCGCAGAUGGCGACAACAACCAAACAGAAGCUAUGUCAACAACACCUUCAUCGUCCCGCUGAGACAAAAAAGCACAAAAAAGAUGAACAACAAGACACUGCUCAAGGAGAAUUCGAACAGCUCUGUGAGAAUUCAGUUCAAGGGGACUGAUACUACCCCUCAGUCUCCCAGGCAGAGGGUGACCAAUCUGCAGGAUUGGCAAGCACAGCAGCAACAGCAGUCUCCUGGGAGGGUUAGAGGCUCGCUGACAAGAGAGCAGCACCAGCCUGUCUUCGUCAUGGACCUCUCUGGUUCCCCUGACACCUCUAAACCAAAAGAGGUCUCCCUGAACAAGACCUUCAAUGUGUCCCAGCUGGGAAAACAGUUCUCCACAAACGCUGUCAGUCCUUCACGGCCUUUCUAUCCCACUGCAAAAGCAUCCUUGGACCAGUCUCUCAGGGCUAAAAGACUUUCUCUCACUGCACACUCAUCGUACACCACUGCUGUUAAAGAGAGACCAGACAUCUACGGCUCCCCAGUCAGGCAGAGUCCCUUAAAAGCAAGGAUGACCAGCCUCAGCAGAUCACCUCAUGCCUUCUCCGGAAGCCCCAAAGCACAUUCUGUGGAAAGCUUUUCUAGAGAGCCUCUGAGGUCCAGAUUCGUGUCCACCUUCCACUCCCCUCCACAAAAGCCAGCUGUGCCACUGAGGGUGUUUUACCCUCAAGACUCCCGCCAUUCCUUCCAGCUUCCACAGCUGUCUUCGCCUCAGUCAGCCACAGCAGCAGCAGGUCGUCCCAGACUCCGGCGGCACCUUUCCUUCGACUCCUCCCUGCCGUCGAACCGUGUCUCCUGCUCGCCAAAGAAACUUGAUGAGGAAUUCAUAAAACUCUACCACAAGUUUGUCUGCCAGAACAAAUUGUCUUCCUUUAAUGGGCCUCCCUGCCGUUUCUGUUGUAGAAAGUCUGAGGCCAGUAAGGGCCACUCUUCCUCAGCUCUGGCCGCCCUCGCCCUGUCGCCCCACCGCUCCCUACUGAGGAAACGCCACAGGGAGUUAACCUGGAACAACCACCCCCAGUCCAAACGCUCCAGGGAUGAGUAUUGCAUAUCCUCCCCACCGUCCAAAUGCCAUGGGAAUGAGAUGCUGAGGCGCCGCCUCUCUCUGUCUGAAUAUGAGCAGUGUCAUGAUGACCUCUGCUACAGCCCCAGUAAACACAGCAUGUUUCAAAGAUUUGGCACCCAGCAGUGCUCAGCAGAUGCACAUCUGGACACCUCAGUGAGUCGGGGCCGCGACAUGUCUGCAGCAGGAGGUUCACUUGAGAGCAAAAUGGCCAACAGCUUCUCGCCGAGAAAAUGGUGGUGAACAGGAACUACACUGACCUGCCCCAGAAUCCUAAACUAAUGAUCACUGUAAAAUAUCAGGUAACCAAUGUCAAUGAAAGGUGUUCCUGUUUGGAUAUUAUUUUUUGUGAGUACUGUUAAACCAUCUAUUUGUGUUAUGUUUUAUUCUCUUGUUUUGUGUUCUUACUCUCAUGGUCUCUCGCUAAAUGUGCUGUUAAUACAACUUUUUCUUUGUCUUGUAGUGUCUGUUCAUUAUUUAAAUUGUAUUAAUGUUAAAAUGUAGUUUGAAUAAAAAAUGAAGUUCU